GAUGAAGCAAUUCAAAAUAUUAAUAUAAACGAAAAUGAAGCAAUUCAAAAUAUUAAUAUGAACGAAGAUUCUUGUGAGCUACCAAAUGCAAAUGAAUUCUUGGUUUCAAGUAAAAAUAAUUUAGGAGUUGUUUAUAACGUAAAUAGUGAUAUUGGAACAUGUAGUUGCUCUAUUGGUAUGAUGGGUGCACCAUGCAAGCACCAAGGUGCUAUUGCAAUGAAGUAUCAUAUUAAGUUAAUUAAUUUUUUACUUUCACUAACGCCUGAGGAUCAUAUGAUUUUUGCAUUUGUUACAAGUGGUGUUAAUUCAAAAAAUUGUUCUUUCUACGCAUCCUUACAUACUAAAGCCGUGCAAAAAAAUAGUAAAGCGGAUGAACAGAAUAAUAAAAAUGAAAUAGAGACCGAUAAUGUUAAUAAUUUAUCAUUUGAUAAAUUUUUAGAAGAAAUUAGUGACGAUUAUAAAAACUGUGGAUCACAAUUAAGAAAAGCAUUUGAAACAUUUGCUAAAAGAUAUAGAGCAUCCAAAUCACGAUCAAUUGUUUGGGCAAUUACAUUUCUCUACAACUCUGAUUUUUCUACACAAAUUAAAAGUGGUGCAGCAAUUUGUAUCCAACCAGAAUCUGUAAAACGAAGAAAAACUGGAGUUAGAAAUAAUAAGCGAGCGAAGAUACAAUACAAGCAAGAGAAUAUAUUUCAAGAAAUUCCCAAGUUAUUAAAAUUAGAAGCUUAUUGUCAUUUAUGUAAUUAUGCUUGA